AGUUCCACUGUGUAUGAAUUCACUGGAUCAAGAUCUUUCAAUUAUGACAGAGACCGGAAUGACCCGUUUGGCGUCUUCAAUUGGCCGCAAACGUUCGCACAGUCGUGCAGCGCCCCCGCGCAGUCGCCAGUGAACAUUGACACGAGCCGCCUCAGGGUGGUACAGAAGGAGGACAGCUGUCCGAGGAUAUACUACAACAACAAUAUGAUCCGGGGGUCCUUUAUAAACAACGGUCACACUGCUGAGUUCCGUAUCAACCGAGGCGAGAUUGAGGCGUCAAACCUCCCGAACAGGCCCGGCCUUUACAUCGCACACGACUUUCACGUGCACUAUGGCGGAAGCAUCCUCAGUCAGGCCGGCAUAAUGGCGCCUGGUUCCGAGCACACUGUGAAUGGACGGCGCUACGACGGAGAGAUCCACUUUGUGUUGUUUAACAGCAAGUAUGGUACACUAGAGAACGCCGAGAAUAAACCAGACGGCAUUGCAGUAUUGGCUUUUUUCGUCACGAGAGUACCAGAAAACUCGUUUGAGGGAAUGAAGGCGAGGGGUUUCUCCCAGAUCUGGUUGACCGCCCUGCCGAGAAUCAGGGCUAUAAACAGCACCGUUAACGCUCGAAUAAGCCUGAAGACGUUCUUCGACCGGAAGUGCGAGUUCUUCACGUAUCGGGGCAGUACAACGACCCCGCAGUGCUUCCAGUCUGUGCAGUGGGUAAUCUUCCGCGAGCCAAUACCGGUAACGUAUCAGGCGUGGUCAGAAUUGCAGGCGCUUGAGUCCACCGGAGACUUCGACGCUCGCUAUGGAAAUUACCGCGUCUCGCAGCCGCUAAACGACCGCAUAGUGGAGGCAAACUUCCUGCCUCUCGGUAACACUCCAAACCGACGGAGGCGCAAGUUGAGUCAUACACUGGAAGGCGAGGGGGACAAGGGGAACUCCUUGAACAGACCGUCUCGCUGGUGGAAUGGACCGUCAAAACGUCUGUUCCCGUUCCAUUGA